AUGACCCAAGAGCGACUGUGGCAGGUCCUGGAUCCAUCCUGGGGAGAUCUUCGUGUCCUCUCAGCUCUGCUCUGCAGCUCAGCUGCAGCUGUGGUGCUUCUGAAAUGGCUGGGAAGGAGGCAGCUCCAGCAGAAGAUGGAUGAGGCAAGGAGGUCUCGGCAUCUGGCCCUGGAGAGAAUGGAGAAGGCAGCUCGCAGGCUUAAGCAAAAGAACCCAGGCACCCAGACCUCACAGAUCCUCUCACUGACAAUGGUGGAGCUGGCAGAGAAGAUGAAGGAGGGGUCCCUGUCCCCAGAAAGUGUCCUCUACUCCUACAUGGACAAAGCUUUGGAGGUGAAUCAGGAGCUGAACUGUGUGACAGAUUUCAUUCAUGGGUGUGAGGAUCAGCUCCAGAAACUGAAGAAGCAAAAGGCUAAAGGGCUUCUCUAUGGCAUUCCCAUCAGCAUCAAGGACCACAUUAACUGCAAGGGCCACAUCUCCUCUGCAGGGAUGGUGAAAUUUCUGGGCCAAGUGAAGGAAGAAGACAGCGUCAUUGUCCAGGUGCUAAAGCACCAGGGGGGGAUCCCCUUUGUUAAAACCAACAUCCCACAGACCAUGAUAAACUACGACUGCAGCAACCCCAUCUUUGGCCAGACACUGAACCCUCUGAAUCCCCAGAAGAGCCCCGGGGGCUCCUCGGGAGGGGAGGGGGCUCUGAUUGCAGGGGGAGGCUCUAUCCUGGGCAUUGGCUCGGAUGUGGCUGGCAGCAUCCGCCUACCCUCCAGCUUCUGCGGGCUCUGCGGCCUCAAACCCACGGGGAACAGGCUCAGCAAACAAGGAGUUGUUUCUCCUCUCAUAGGAAUGCAAUCAGUAACAGGGAUGCUGGGGCCCAUGGCCAGGGACGUGGACAGCCUGGCCCUGUGCAUGAAGGCGCUGCUCUGCCAGGAGAUGUUCCAGCUGGACCCCACCGUGCCCCCCAUCCCCUUUGAUGAGCAGGUUUACACCAGCUCCAAGCCUCUUCGCAUCGGGUAUUACGAAGGAGAUGGUUACUUCCAGCCCUCACCUAGCAUGAAACGGGCUGUCCAGCACACAAGGAAGCUCCUCCAGGAUGCAGGGCAUACACUUGUUCCCUUUGCCCCGCCGAAGAUUGACUAUGUGGUGGACGAGCUGUUCACCAGAGGGAUUUUCUCAGAUGGGGCUGCCCACCUGCUGGACUGCUUUAAAGGAGACAUCGUGGAUCCCAACCUGAAAUCCCAGUACAAUACUUACAGGCUUCCUGCUCUGGUGAAAAGAAUUUUGGCUACAAUUUUGAAACCCAUAUACCCACGAAUUGCUCGGGAUCUCACCGCUCUCUGUGGAGUGGGAUCUGCCAAAAACCUCUGGGACCAGCAUGGAGCAGUGGCGGCUUACCGCACUGAAUUCAUCACCAAAUGGAGGGAGCUGAGGCUGGAUGUGAUCCUUUGUCCUGCCCUGGGGCCAGCCUUCAAUCAUGGCUAUGCUGGGAAGCUCUUUGCUGCAACCUCCUACACCAAUUUGUACAACGUGUUAAACUUCCCUGCCGGGGUGGUGCCGGUCAGCACGGUCACGAGAGCUGAUGAAGAAGAACUGAAGCACUACCAAGGGCACUACAGGGACCCCUGGGACAAGAGGCUGAAAGAGGCUGUGGCAGGAGCCCUGGGGAUGCCCGUGGCCGUGCAGUGCGUGGCUCUGCCGUGGCAGGAGGAGCUGUGCCUGCGCUUCAUGAAGGAGGUGGAGGCUCUUGCCCGUGGCACGAAGAGAAAUGUGUGA